AUGACUGCGUGCAGGAAGCGCCGUCGUGCCGCCACCUUGCAAUCCGAUGCAUCUUCGUGGGCGUCGCUGCACGAAGACUUGGUCAGCCUGAUCGGUUGGCGGGUCUUGGCUGCUGACUUGCUUGACUAUGUCCGAUUCCGUGCGGUUUGCCCUUACUGGCGCUCCGCCACCGUCUCCCCGCGCGGCCGCGGCCUCCACGACCCGCGCUUCCACCCGCGCCGCUGGAUGAUGCUCCCCGAGGGCCACGGCAUCCACCCCGGCCACCGCAAGCUGGGCGGGUACAUCCGCUUCAUCAACCUGUCCACCGGCGCCAUCGUCCGCGCCCGGCUCCCGCUUUUCAGCAACCACUGCGUCCUCGACUCGGUCGACGGGAUCCUGCUGCUGCAGCGGGACGAGGACACCGUCAUCCGCCUCCUCCACCCCUUCACCGACGACAUUGUGGACCUCCCUCCGCUCGCCACCCUUCUAGCAGGGUUAGCACCCUCCCAAGAGAAGAUGUUCAGCUGGAACGUUCUGAGGACCGUUGGUGCUACCUCAUUCACAGUGAGCGCGGAUGGAGUCGUCACCGCCAUGAUUGGGCUCUUUAAAUUGGGACGGGUAGCCUGUGCCACCACCAUGGACCAGCAAUGGCGGCUCUCGACAUGGAGCAUAUCAAAUGGUUGGAGGCCACUGUCGUUCCAAGGCAAGAUGUAUACCUUGCACACUCCCACAAAUGGCAGCGAGCUUCAGAUUUUCCAGAUUGACUUGCCGGGGCACGGGGAGAAGGAGGACUUUGAUAGAAUUUUGUGUUAUCUACCGGCACCUAAGUUGAUUGCCACAUGUCUGGCAGGCAAACCUCAGAAGCCUUAUUACUACCUCGCAGAAUGUGAUUCGGAGAUCCUGGUGAUCGGCCGUUACCUUUCUGGUUCACUCGACGUUGAGGUUUACAGACUAUCUGACAUUAUCCUAGACAGGAUUGCCCCAGUAACGAGCAUCGGAGGAAAUGCUCUCUUUGUUGAAGAAAGGGUCUUGAGUGUCAGCAGUAGAGUGCACCCCACCAUUGUGGGUGACUCUAUUGUACAACUCCAUAACAAGGAAAUUUAUCUUGGACAUUACCACCUUGCCACUGGGACAUGGUUGCCAACAGCGGAUGGGUGUGUCAGACGUGGUGUACCGAGUCCUUGUAGCCUCAUCUACCAUAUCUUCACCUGUUGCUAUCGCCCCACUUGGUGA